UUCUCUAUUCCAGGGGCGAUUUUCUCUGACCCAGUGGAAUGAAGCUGAAUAAUGAAAUUCACUAUCAGAAUCAGACUUCAUUAGGCCUUGGUAUUAGUUAUAUUCGUCAUAUUGCUUUGUUUUCACUCGGUGCAUUGUACAGUUGAUUUCAGAUGUUAAUAAAUUAGGUUGUAACAAUGGGCUGGACAAAGUAUCAAGCAAUGUUAGCAAUAACACUGGUAGUUACCGGAUCGAUCAAUACACUUAGUACCAAGUGGGCAGAUUUUAUCCAAUCUGAAAGUUCUGAUGGUCAGGUUCGUCAUUUUGAACACCCAUUUGUCCAAGCAUGGGCGAUGUUUUUAGGAGAAUUUCUUUGUUUACUGACCUUCAAAGUGUUUUACUAUUACCUUCGGCGGAAAAAUGACGGUUCAGAAGAUCGCGACGAUCUUGUAAGAGGAAAUAGAGAAUUUAGUCCUUUCAUUCUAUUUGUACCGGCAAUGUGCGAUAUGAUUGCAACAUCAAUUAUGUAUGUGGGAUUGAAUCUUACCUACGCUUCGAGUUUCCAAAUGCUUCGAGGAUCAGUCAUAAUUUUCGUCGGUGUUCUCAGUGUUGCAUUUCUGAACCGUACAUUGGUAAGCAGAGAAUGGACUGGCAUUAUUUUCAUCAUUUUUGGACUUGGCAUUGUUGGCCUUUCCGAUUUCAUAACGGAUAACGGUGCGGGUAGUUCUUACAGCCGAAACAACGUUAUUACUGGAGAUCUGUUGAUUAUUUUGGCACAAAUCAUCACAGCCGUGCAAAUGGUGUACGAAGAACGUUACGUUGCUGGAUUGGACAUUCCCGCAUUACAAGCUGUUGGAUGGGAAGGAUUCUUCGGCUUCAGCAUUCUAGGUGUUCUGCUUGUUCCUAUGUAUUUCAUAACAACGGUUGCUCCGUUUAACAAUAACGCUCAUGGAGUCCUUGAAGAUUUACCAGAUGCUCUAGUGCAGAUGAAAAACAACUACCAACUAAUUCUGGCCAUCUUAGGUACUAUCAUAUCAAUAGCAUUCUUCAACUUUGCCGGUAUUAGUGUAACAAAAGAAAUAUCUGCGACGACUCGGAUGGUUCUUGAUUCUGUGAGAACCCUGGUUAUUUGGGUUGUCUCAUUAGCACUUGCGUGGCAAAAAUUUCAUUACCUACAAAUUUUUGGCUUUGCUGGUCUGCUUUUUGGAAUGUGCCUAUACAACAAUAUUCUUAUAUUGCAAACAUACGAUCGUUUGCACAUGUAUUUUCGUAGACGAGAACAGAACGAUGGUCAAAAUGAGGUCAUAAUUAAUAGGCGUGCAGAUGAACCAGAUUGUUAAGAUAAUAAAGGACAUAGAACGUUUUAUGCAUCCUUGAGCUUCCAAAGCCUAUGGAUGCAUAUAUUUGAGUUGAAUAAAUGCAAUGGAUACAAUUUAGCAA